AUGAAUCAACAACCACUACGACAGAGCUCGGCCGAGCGGCCGAAAAAGACCUGCUGGCUUCCGCCUGAGCUAUGGCUGGGAGUCUGCGACUACCUCUCGGAGCGCCAAGUAAGCUACUUAAGCCGUACGAAUCGCUCAAUGUCUCGGCUACUUCAGCAGUAUCUCCUACGUCGCAAUGUGCAGCGAUCUGGGACGUCUUGUCUGCCUCACCUUGCUAAGCGAGGGGAUAUGCGACAGAUUCGACUCUUACAAGCCUACGAAGGCUUUAGGACUGACGCUCGAGACUGCGAUGGUGAUACAGCACUUCUUCGUGCGAUUGAAGCAGAUCAUGAGAGUAUUGCUCUGGCACUAAUUGAAAUUGGUGGCCCUCAUGUGAACAUGCGAAACGGGCGCCACUCGCGGAGGCCUCUCACCCUGGCAGUUUGCAACGACCAAACAAAUGUGGUGCGCAAGCUUCUCGAAUGCGACGACAUUGAACCCAACGGCGUUCGACACACAGACUACGGUCGACCUGUUUUCCUAGCCUGCGAAUCUGGAAACGAGGAAAUCUUCAAGCUUUUAAUCACGUCAAGUGGUAUUGAUCUCAGCAUGACGGACCCUCUCGGCCGAACAGCAUUACACGUCGCUGCUAGACACGGAUCGGCGUCGGUAGUGGAGAUGUUGCUCGAUGAUGGGCGAAUCUCUCCCGAUGUCCUGGACGCAGACGGUCAAACAGCCCUCGAGAUCGCUUUCACAGCUGGCAAAUUCGACGCCAUUGAGGUUAUGUACGCACACGGCAUCCGCGCCCAGCGCUCAUACAUUGAGCAGGCAAGCAAGCAUCUUGGAGAGAGAUUCACCUCAAAGUUUCUCACCCUUGACUCCUGGCCAACUUUACUUCAUAUCUGCUCCUGUGCCGCAGCACGUGGGCAUGCAGGACUAGUUAAUGAGCUCCUUCCCUAUGCGAAUCGGCAGCAACGAGAACAGUCGUUGGUUCUCGCAGCGUACUAUGGUCACGUUGAGACCGUUGAGCUAUUGCUAAAGUAUCAAAGCCCUAACUUCGAGGACCGGAGGAAACGCACUCCCGAAUGGUAUGCGCGCUCUCAGGGUCAUUUUUCGACUGUAAGACUUUUUAAGUCUUGGAAUGUAGCACAAGGUGUUAAACGGAAGCGAGACGGGAGUAACCACGAGGGUCAGGGGCAGAAUAAGAGAAAUCCUAUCAUCAUUGACUAG